AUGUUUAUAAAAAACAAACGUGGACAUUCAAACCUUCUCUCACACAUAAUCCUAAGCGAAUUCAAAAAAAUGUCAUUUCAAAGUGAUGACUGCAAUUUUGAAAUUGAAGCGUAUGCUAUUGCAGUUAUGCAUUGGCUAUCUGAAUUUUCCAAUUCUCCAAUAACGCCCGAAAGCUCUUUACACGAGUUCAUUCAACCUGCUAAAUUAUUUCAAUUAUUUCAACUACUAUUUCCAAAAGAAGAAUUGAGCGGUUAUUUGACAAAUUUGUUUAUUGAAAACAAGGAAAUUCACACUGAAAUAGAAUCUGUACACAUUUCACAAACCACUUUGAAACAAAUUGAAAUUCUAACUGAGAUUUUGGAUCGUCAUUUACGAUUUCGAGUAACGUUGAAUACCUUUCCAUAUCUAAACUUUUACAAGCUUAUUAUAUUCAACGACUACGCGGAGUUGAAAAAGUUGUGUCAAAUCGUAUUCAAAAUCGGUACUUUUACAUCAAUAUUGUCUGCAAAGGGACUUGCUUAUUUUGAAUUUUUGACUGACAACGACAAGCAAGUAAUCAACCAAUUCAAAGAACCAAUAAUCAAGACAAAAAAGAACAAAUAUCCAGGGUUACGAGAAAAAUCAAUGCCUCAAACAGAAACAAACUCUGAUUAUGAAUCCACAGAUCCAAAGAGUGAGAGUUGUUAUUUAAUGCAAGAAGAAGAAUUAGAGGCUUUGAAUUGGGAGAUCUCUAUAUUUGAAAAUUUGAUAUAUAAGUUAGCUAAAGAAAUGGAAAACUAG